UCUCCAAUGCCAAACCCUGAGCCAAACCCUGAGCCUUCUCCAACGCCAAACCCUGAGCCUUCUCCAACGCCAAACCCUGAGCCAAACCCUGAGCCUUCUCCAAGGCCAAACCCUUAGCCUUCUCCAACGCCAAAGCCUGAGCCAAAGCCUGAGCCUUCUCCAAGGCCAAAGCCUGAGCCUUCUCCAACGCCAAACCCUGAGCCAGACCCUGAGCCUUCUCCAACGCCAAACCCUGAGCCUUCUCCAACGCCAAACCCUGAGCCAAAGCCUGAGCCUUCUCCAACGCCAAACCCUGAGCCUUCUCCAACGCCAAAGCCUGAGCCAAAGCCUGAGCCUUCUCCAACGCCAAACCCUGAGCCUUCUCCAACGCCAAACCCUGAGCCAAAGGCUGAGCCUUCUCCAACGCCAAACCCUGAGCCUUCUCCAAGGCCAAACCCUGAGCCAAAGCCUGAGCCUUCUCCAACGCCAAAGCCUGAGCCAAAACUUGAGCCUUCUCCAACGCCAAACCCUGAGCCUUCUCCAACGCCAAAGCCUGAGCCAAACCCUGAGCCUUCUCCAACGCCAAACCCUGAGCCAAACCCUGAGCCUUCUCCAACGCCAAACCCUGAGCCAAAGCCUUCUCCAACGCCAAACCCUGAGCCUUCUCCAACGCCAAACCCUGAGCCAAAGCCUGAGCCUUCUCCAACGCCAAACCCUGAGCCUUCUCCAACGCCAAAGCCUGAGCCUUCUCCAACGCCAAACCCUGAGCCAAACCCUGAGCCUUCUCCAACGCCAAACCCUGAGCCAAAGCCUGAGCCAAACCCUUAGCCUUCUCCAACGCCAAAGCCUGAGCCAAAGCCUGAGCCUUCUCCAAGGCCAAAGCCUGAGCCUUCUCCAACGCCAAACCCUGAGCCAGACCCUGAGCCUUCUCCAACGCCAAACCCUGAGCCUUCUCCAACGCCAAACCCUGAGCCAAACCCUGAGCCUUCUCCAACGCCAAAGCCUGAGCCAAAGCCUGAGCCUUCUCCAACGCCAAACCCUCCAAACCCUGAGCCUUCUCCAACGCCAAACCCUGAGCCUUCUCCAACGCCAAACCCUGAGCCAAACCCUGAGCCUUCUCCAACGCCAAACCCUGAGCCUUCUCCAACGCCAAAGCCUGAGCCAAAACUUGAGCCUUCUCCAACGCCAAACCCUGAGCCUUCUCCAACGCCAAAGCCUGAGCCAAACCCUGAGCCUUCUCCAACGCCAAACCCUGAGCCAAACCCUGAGCCUUCUCCAACGCCAAACCCUGAGCCAAAGCCUGAGCCUUCUCCAACGCCAAACCCUGAGCAUGCUCCAACGCCAAACCCUGAGCAUGCUCCAACGCCAAACCCUGAGCCAAACCCUGAGCCUUCUCCAACGCCAAACCCUGAGCCAAACCCUGAGCCUUCUCCAACGCCAAACCCUGAGCCUUCUCCAACGCCAAAGCCUGAGCCUUCUCCAACGCCAAACCCUGAGCCAAAGCCUGAGCCUUCUCCAACGCCAAACCCUGAGCCAAAGCCUGAGCCUUCUCCAACGCCAAACCCUGAGCCAAACCCUGAGCCUUCUCCAACGCCAAACCCUGAGCCAAAGCCUGAGCCUUCUCCAACGCCAAACCCUGAGCCUUCUCCAACGCCAAACCCUGAGCCAAACCCUGAGCCUUCUCCAAGGCCAAACCCUUAGCCUUCUCCAACGCCAAAGCCUGAGCCAAAGCCUGAGCCUUCUCCAACGCCAAACCCUGAGCCAAAGCCUGAGCCUUCUCCAACGCCAAACCCUGAGCCUUCUCCAACGCCAAAGCCUGAGCCAAAGCCUGAGCCUUCUCCAACGCCAAAGCCUGAGCCUUCUCCAACGCCAAAGCCUGAGCCAAAGCCUGAGCCUUCUCCAACGCCAAACCCUGAGCCUUCUCCAACGCCAAACCCUGAGCCAAAGCCUGAGCCUUCUCCAACGCCAAACCCUGAGCCUUCUCCAAGGCCAAACCCUGAGCCA